AUGGAGAAUGUCAAUCAGCCACUGGACGACGACGACGAACUUCUCAUUGCGAUUAACUUGCGUCAUCUAUUUAUCGCAUCUUCCAGUCUCCUAUUCGCCAUCUUCUUCUUGGCUCUCCAGGCCCUCGUCUUCGGAGACCCCCUGGCUUGGGAGAUUCGGUAUCAACUCAUCGUGUAUCUCCGCACCCACUUCAUUAUCGCCACCGAGGUUUUUUUCAUCAUCCACAAGGAAGAAUGGAUUGAUUUCUGUCACCGACACCGCUUAUCCGAAGAGAUCGAAAACUUUGGCUCCAUGUCUUACGUUUGGCAGCAGAUCCUCCUAUUUGACCUCGAGCGCAAGCUGGUUGCGAUAUCCAAAGAGACCCCGCUUGGACAGAGCACCGGUGUGGUGAUGGCGACCUUUAUUGCACUGGUAACCCUAUACCAGGCCGCCGCUCGGGCUCCCGGCAUUGUGUUGCCUCCUUCGAAAAAGCCUGCAGGAAAGCCCAACGCUAGCAUUCUCAGCUUCUUUCAAAAGGCCGAAAAGCCUGAGCAGACGCUGUUCAUUGAUGGCCACGAAACGCUCGUUGUUCCCCAAAAGGAAGAUGAUGAGGUGCCAGAGAUUUACGACGCCGAUCCAUUGGAGGAGGAGGAGAGGUUCAAUGAAGUUGAGGCGCCAAACAAAAAGCGGCGGCUAAGUCAAGAGGCUGAGAAUCACGAAGGGGAACAAUCAGCCGCAAGAGAUUCUAACAGCCCGGUGGUGUCCGAACCACCGCCUUCAUCACCAACAGAGAAGCCUUCUAGGAAGGCGUCGGCUAAGCGGAAAGGCCCUUUUCUCGACGAGUCCGACAGUGAAGAAGAAGAGGAUUCGACAGCUCCAGCAAGGAAAUCAAGUCUCAUCGGCGCUAUUCGCAAUCGACCGCCCGUCAUGCCACCGGUUAAGGCGGAGGAUGACGCGAUGUCUCUCGCAACGAAGCAAGACAAUGUAGCUACGCUGGUUCAAUUAAAAGAGGAAGAAGAGGAGGAGGCACAACCGCCAGCGAAAGAAACGAGCUGCCCGCCACCGCCAUUGAAGGUUGAGGACUCGAUCGACGCCGAAUUUGCAAAUGUUGACGACUUUGGUGACCUAGACGAUUUCCCCAAUGACGAAGAUUUUGGCGGCGAAGAGUACCGCAUGAUGCAGUUCAUGGAGGAGCAAGACCGUUUGGAAGCAGAAGCCGAGGCUGCAGAUACGGGUGACUAUUCUUGUGACGAAUUAGCCGAUCCCGUACGGCCGAGCGAUGCCAUGGUGGCCAACUGUCCCAUUUGCGACGGUACACUUGCCGGUAUUACACUUGACGAAGCAACACGACAUGUAAACGCUUGCCUCGACGGCAACCCAAUUCCACUCCCUCAGCCCAAAGAGACCAAGAACAUCAAGAACGAAGUCGCAAGACCGCCAAUACUCGAUCCUCCCGAAGUCAACAAGCGACUCGCGCGCGCAGCAGUACCACGAGAGGGCCAGGCGAAUCCGUUCAAGCUUGGCGAGGUUCAGACCAGGUCGACUUCAGCCUUCACCAAGUUGAUGUCAGGCCAUGCUGAAGACGCUGCGUGGGCCGGUGCCGCUGCUGCAGAGCACUCAUCGCGUGGGAAGCCCGCGUAUCAACGGACCUGUCCCUUCUACAAGAUUAUGCCCGGUUUCUACAUCUGCGUAGAUGCCUUCAGGUACGGUGCAGUGAAGAGAUGCAAUGCCUACUUCUUGAGCCAUUUUCACAGCGAUCACUACAUUGGCUUGACUUCCACCUGGACGCACGGCCCGAUAUAUUGCAGCAAAGUCACCGGAGACCUGGUCAAGAUGCAAUUGCGAGUUGCUGCCAAGUGGGUUGUUGCUCUGGAGUUCAAUCAGACGGAGGAGGUCCCGGGCACUGAGGGUGUGACGGUGACUAUGAUCCCUGCUAACCACUGCCCCGGCAGCUCCCUGUUUCUGUUCGAGAAGACAAUGGGAAAGGGGCCAAAUGCAAGAAAGCAGAGAAUUCUGCAUUGCGGCGACUUCAGAGCCUGUCCAGCUCAGGUCGCCCAUCCUCUACUCAAGCCCGACAUACAAGAUUCGACAUCAGGCAAACUCAAGCAGCAAAAGAUUGAUGUCUGUUAUCUGGAUACCACCUACCUCAACCCCCGCUAUUCUUUCCCGCCUCAGAACGAUGUGAUUAAGGCAUGCGCAGACAUGUGUAAGUCACUUGCGCCUGACCAGACGUCGGAGGAUAACACUUGGGACAAGAUCAACAGAGAGGCUGGCACGGAGACGGUCAGCAAAUUCUUCACGAAGACAAAUGCGGACGACGCCGCUGCAAAGGCGAAGAAGAAAAACGCACCAAAGGAACGUCUCCUUGUCAUUUGCGGUACUUACUCGAUUGGCAAGGAGCGUAUUUGCAAAGCUAUUGCACAAGCUCUAGGAAGCAAGAUAUUUGCGUCCAAGUCGAAGAUCCGCAUCGUGUCCAAACUCGGAGAUCCGGAGCUGACGGCACUUAUGACGGAUAAUCCACACGAAGCUCAGGUUCACAUGCAAAUGCUGAUGGAAAUCCGAGCCGAGACACUACAAGAGUACCUCAAUGGGUACAAGCCGCAUUUCAGCCGUAUCGUAGGGUUUCGUCCUUCCGGCUGGAACUAUCGUCCACAAGGUGCCAGCAAGGCGGUGACGGCUAGCACUCAACCUGGCACGAUCCCAAUGACACAAAUUCUUCAAGGCAAGGCUUGGCGGCCACGGUUUGGGGCAAAGGACUUCGUUGCGCAACGUGGCAGCACGAAAGAAGCCAUGUGCUUUGGAGUGCCAUACAGCGAGCAUAGCAGUUUCCGGGAGCUGACCAUGUUCGUGAUGUCCUUGCGCAUCGAUAAGGUAGUACCAACCGUCAAUAUCGGCAGCGAAGUAUCGAGGAAGAGGAUGAAGGGCUGGAUCGACAAAUGGCUGUCUGAGAGGAGGAAGGGCGGACUCGUCCAUCCUCUAGAGGGUGAAGAGGGCGAGGGUAAAGAAGUUGCAUUGUGGAACGGCAAAGACAGUCGUGGAGGAGGCGUCUGGUGGUGA